AUGGUGAAUCGAACUCAAACGGUCAGAGCUCAUUAUAGUGUGCUGUCCAGCUUGCCCUGUUCCACUCUGGAUAAGGAGACCUGUACACUGCUGUAUGAAGGUGGAGCAGCUGUGGGUCAGUAUAUAGUGGAGAUCAUGGUGGAGGAUUUUCCUCAGAUGGAGCUGAAGCCGUUCUCCACUGUUCCUCUGCAGCUCUUAAUAACCAUUGAAAGUGAGUCCGGCUGUCCUGCACUGCCAGAGUUCACAGGUGUGAGUCCAGUAGCUGGCACUGUAAUCCGUGUGCUGCCCUUUGAUGAACUCCAAGUCAAUAUUACAGUUCACUCAACAGAACAGACAGUGUCUGAAAUCGCAGUGAUUGGUCCAGAAGGUCUCUUCAUAUCACCCAUGGAAACAUUUGUGAACUUUCAUAGGUCUAUCAGUCUGUUGUGGGUCAGAGGUCCCAAUCAGUCAUCUCGUCUCAUCUCCAUUUGUUUUGUUGCAAACACUCAGAGUCUGCAGUCUGAGGUCCGGUGUAUGUGGUUGCAACUCACACAAAUGGACCCUUUACCUCCAGGAACAGAGUUGAGAUGUAUGGAGCGUGAGCGGCAGAUGUCUGUAGUUCUGCCUGUGUCUUUCCUGGAGAAUGUGCCUCUGUCUGACCUGCAGCUGAACCAAGAGACUCCAUUUAGGAUCAGAACUGCUGUACAUGAACACUUUACGCAGCAUCAAUCCAAAUUCCACCAUCAGUUGCUUGGCAUCUCUCGUCCUUCCGCUCGCCUGCAGGAUUCUCAGUCAACAGGCCAGAGGUCCGAGCUUUAGGAUCUCUGUACCCUCAGAAGUGGAGAUUUUUGGUGCCGUGAGCUUCUGGCUUGAGUUUCAUCCAUCCGGAGAAGGCCCGUUGGCCACAGAGACUCGCCAGCCGCGGUUACGCACGUCUCAACUGGUGCGUGUGGCACGGGCACUCACUCGCGCUAACAGGAUGGACACGCUGGACCUGCAUGUGUUUUCUAACUGCUCAUUGGCUCGUGCGGCGCUCAUGGUUGGCCGCUGUGUUGAGUCAGAAACACAAGAUUUCCUGCACGCACAUCCGCUGCUGAACCAGGGGUGUUUAUCUGGCAAUAGCACUGUGGAGAUCCUGACAUCAACACCAACAGUUCGGGUUUACCGCUUAUAUCUGGGCUCUCUGAAUAUAAAGGGAGACACAAUGUUUGUUGAGUGUCAGGUGCAUCUGUGUGUGACCACCAAACAAAGCCAGCGAUGUUCAGACCCGUGUUCAGGACCAGCAGACCCAGCAAUAAUUGACAACAUCCAAACACACACUUAUAGUGUGCGCUCCGGACCGGUGCUACUCGUUAACAAAGUCACACAAACCAGCACUACCACUGUUAAACCAACACAAACAGCCAAACCUGUUGCCCAACCCGCCACCAGCCAAGAUGACUGGCAUCUCUGCCUCUCGGGCUCCGGACAGAACUGCAUUGUGGGUUGAUGCUGUGACAAUGGCUGUGUUCGUACUUACAUCAUAUGCUCUUCUGCAGUGAACAUGAUGCCAAACACAGCUGGAGAACACUGCAGCGCUGACAGAUCACAAUCAUAUGAUCUUAUUUUUUCCUUCUUUACCCUUGUGCUUUGGAGAAAAUUUCUUUCAACAAUUCUGAGUCCAGUCGAUAUACAGCACACCUCCCUUUUGAUCAUAAAUAGGCUUGUUCUUCAAACUAAACACAAGCUCUUAUAGGAACAUUUCAUCUGAAAAGACCACCACCUGUAUGUCAGUGGUGGUACCCUUCAUUUGAGGAAAAACAAGAUGUUAAAUCUGUCCCAUAUACUUCCAAUGACAAAUGUCUCUACACAUACCUAUAUAUCUUUGGUAUGGUCUCUUUGGACUUGGGUCAUUAAGCAUCAAUAUAAUAAUUCCCUUGCAACCACCCAAGACACCCUGACAUUGAUCAAAUAUAAAAAAAAAUAAUCAUAAAAAUGAAAAAACAUGUAUUAAUGUAUUAAUUGUUGUAGAGAAUGCAAAUGCAUUCUGAACCAGUAAAAGAUUAAGAUAUAUUUUUCACUGUUUUUAAACAUUAAAACCCAAAUAUAACAUUAGGGUUAAGAAUUCACUGAGUAGAGUAUUCUGUAAAUCAAUCUGUUGCUCAUGUAUUUUAUCACUGGACACAAUGAAGAAAAACAUAGUCUCUUCCAAUGUUUUCAUUUUAACAAGCUAAACUGUAACAGUAAUGAGAGUUUAUUAUUUUUAUAAAUCUUCAAUCACCUAAAAUGUGAACAUGAUACUCCAUUCUCAUUUGACUUGCUUUCUUCUGUGGCACAUAAAACUUGCUGGGUAAGUUAUCUAAAAAAAAUGUGUCCACUACAAAUUACUGAUAAAUUUAGUGAUUACAUAAAUGGAAAGGGAAUCAUAUUACUAAUUACUUUACUUCCUUAUACACUUACAUAACAGAACUUUUUUUUUGCUCAAAUUCAAAUGUCUAUAUUUCAUCGUUUAUUGUCAAACACAUUGUUGCAAUAAUUUUAUUACAGUUACUAACUACUUUGUAAUCCCAUUACACCCAACACUGAACAUAAAAACAGAUGUUUAGCAGAAUCUGGGAUGCUUACCAUUCCAAAUGAAGAACUUCUCAAUGCUUGAAAUAAGAGAGGGGUACAUCUUUAGGGAGAGAUUGUAGCAGGUAGUUGAAUUUUGGAAUACAAUUUAUUUUAAUAACAUUAACCUUCCCAAUCAUCAAUAAAUGUAAUUAAGCCCACCUGUACACAUCGCUCGAAAACCUUUUUAUUAUGGGGCCAAAAUUAAUAAAUCACACAAAUGUUCUGGGAAUAAAAUGGCCAAAUAUUUAAUGCCCUGUUUGGGCAACUGGAAGGUGCCAGGCUGAAAAGCUGUUACUAGGCAGUAUCACGAGAACUUAGAAAAUUAAUUAAUAAUUCUUUGGAGGCAAGGCAUAGAUCUAGUGGGGUCAAAGACGAAUAAUAAAAUAUCAUCUGCGUAAAGCAAAAGCUUAUGAAAGAAAAUCUUCCUUUCUUAUUGCGGCUGCUAAUGGUUCCAGAGCAAGACAGAACAAUAAUGGGAAAGAGGGCAACCCUCCCAGGUGCCCUUAUCCAGAGUAAAAUAAUCUGAAAUUAAUCCAUUAAUUUACGCCACUACUGAGUGUCUAUAAAGUAAUUUAAUCCAUCCAAUAAAAGUAUUCCAAAAUCUUAAAAAGAUAAUCCAGUUCUACCAUAUCAAACACCUUUUUGGCAUCAAGUGAGAUGGCAGUGACCAGAGUCGAAUGCACCAUUGACCUCUUGAUAUUGAUGAAACGCGUAAUGUUAUCAAAAGAGCUGCAGCCCCGAACCCCACUUGAUCUAUAUGUAUGAGAGAUGUCAUAUCUUUUGACAAUAUUUUUAUGUCUAGCUGGAUCAGGGAAAUUGGAUGGUAACUCUUACACUUGCUUGGAUCUUUGUCCUUUUUAAGACUCACACUGAUUCAGGCUUGUGUCAUGGUUGGUGGAAGCUUUCCAUUCUUUAAUGCUUCUGUAUAAACUUCUAACAAAAGUGGAGCCAGUUCUGUAGCUUAAGAUCUAAAAAAUUCACUGGCAAAGUCAUCUGGCCCCAGAGCCUUGCCUGUUUUAAUGCCAUAAAACACAUUGUUUUUAUAAAAAGGAAUCAUGCCAUGCUUCUUUUUUUUCUAUGUCUGAAACGCUCGGUUUGAUGAGAAUGAACAAACUCCACAACAAUAUAAAACUACAUUUCAGGGUUUACACAUAACGCACAUCCAAGACAUUUCAUCUGAAUGGAUCAAACUGUUCACCAAAGCAAAGAAAUCUAUCAAACAAUCAUGACAUUUCAAAUAUUCAUGAAUGAAACUGUUUACUCACUGUUUUGCAGUCAAGUCCAAGAGUUUUAAACUUCCCUAUCCUUCAAUAACAGUUCCUUUGCAAAUCUUGAAUUGUAUUAUGUCUGGUUCACAAACAAACCAUGCUAAUAUAAGCUGAAAAACACAACACUGAAGACACAUCCACACGACGUGCAUACAUAGUCUAAAGCAUGGUGACAGGCACACAAACUAUCUCGCCUGCAUUGAGGUGCACGUU